ACCUAACGGAGAAAGUGAAAGACGAAGGAAAAAAAGAAAAGAAAAAGAAAGGAAACAGAGAGACAGAGAGGCGAGACAGAGAGAUAGUGAGUCACUGAGCCCAGACGCCGACGCGACGCCAUCAUCAUCAUCAGUCAUCAGAGUGAGGGAGCAAUGAAGCUGAACGUGGACGCCUUGAGAUAUCUCUCCAAAGAUGAUUUUAGGGUUCUUACUGCUGUUGAAAUGGGGAUGCGCAAUCAUGAAAUUGUACCUUCAGAACUUGUUGACCGCAUUGCCUCUCUCAAGCAUGGCGGCACUUACAAAGUUUUGAAGAAUUUGCUCAAGCAUAAGCUCUUGCACCAUGACUCUUCCAAAUAUGAUGGGUUUCGGCUCACCUACCUUGGUUAUGAUUUUCUUGCUAUUAAAACACUGGUUAAUCGCGGAGUGUUUGUGUCUGUUGGACGUCAAAUUGGGGUUGGAAAAGAGUCUGAUAUCUUUGAGGUUGCCACGGAAGAUGGUACAGUCCUAGCCAUGAAACUACACAGACUUGGAAGAGUUUCUUUUAGGGCUGUCAAAUCUAAGCGAGAUUACUUGAGGCAUCGUAGCAGUUUCAAUUGGCUGUAUUUGUCCCGGCUCGCUGCAGUCAAAGAAUUUGCUUUUAUGAAGGCUUUGGAAGAACACAGUUUUCCUGUUCCAAAUGCUGUGGACUGUAAUAGGCAUUGCGUGAUCAUGUCACUUGUCCAAGGUUUCCCUCUUGUACAGGUUAAGCAAUUGCAAAAUCCAGAGAUGGUUUUUGAAAGGAUCAUUGGUCUUGUUAUUCGUUUGGCAGAACAUGGUCUCAUUCACUGUGACUUCAAUGAAUUCAAUAUUAUGAUUGAUGAUGAUGAGAAGGUUACCAUGAUUGAUUUUCCACAGAUGGUAUCUGUAGACCAUCGUAAUGCACAAAUGUAUUUCGAUCGUGAUGUUGAAUGCGUCUUUAAGUUUUUUCGCAAGAGGUUCAAUCUGUCAUUUCAAGAAAUCCCAGACGAUAUUGAUGAUGCAGAGGUAGACAUGGAUGAAAGUGGCAGGCCUUGCUUUUCUUCAAUUGCAAAAGGUUCUGGUUUUCUAGACAAGGACCUAGCAGCCAGUGGGUUUACUAGAAAGGAUCAAGAAGACAUUGAGAAGUUCAUUGAAGGAGGGGUUGAGAAGGAUGCAAAUUCGGGUGAUGAAGAAAAUGAAGAUGGUGGACUUGCGUCUGAGUUAAAUGAAUCAGACAUAAGUGGUGUUGAUUCUCUGCAUUUGGUAGAGCAGCCGACAUUAAAUUGUGAUGCGGAAGGCAGAGUAGAGGAAAAUGAACAAAAAACUGAAGCAGGUCUAACCAAUGGACCUGAAACUCAAGAUGCAAGUGAUGAGGAGGAAGAUAAUGAGACCAUGAUUAGUAAAGACGCUGAAUUGACAAAGCGUUUGAGAAAUCAAAAUCGCCGUGUCAUAGCAUCAGUGCGUGGAGGACGAAAGAAUCUUGCCUCUAGAAAUACCUACAAAGACAAGGGUGGUAGGUCCUCUCAUAAUUCUAAAAUCCAGAAACAAUUGAGCAGCUGGUGAAAUUUGUGGAGAAUAACCACGUCUUCCUAGGCAUGGAAGCUAUCGGUUAAAACGGCUGUAGCAAUGAUAAACAAAUUAGAAAAGAAUAUGUCCCAACACUCUGCUAUCAUUGCUGCAUGCCUUUCACUUUGAAACAAGCUCGGUGAUGGGAAGAAAAUUGAUUGGAUUUACUUUUGUGACUAUCAUGGGCUUGUUUCAUUAAUUUUUAUAAAAAUUGUAAGGGCCUUGAUUGUAUAAUAUAGGCUAGGAUGGAUAGUAGCUUGCAUUGUUGAGAGUAUGUAUCACAUAAUUAUUAUCCAUAUAGGUUGUACAAGUCCACAAAGCUCCAAAUUUUGCUGGUUA